AUGGAUUGCAGUGCAUCAUUAGCAGUUUCGAAUUUUGAGAAGCAUAUUAAUCCAUCAUCGCCUCCUAUAUUAAGCCAGCAGUUGGAAGACUGUUCAAAUCCGAAACAUCGUACUGAUCCAAAUGGUAUUGUUCAAAAUUUCCUUUUAAUUUGGCUUGAUGAAAAAAUCGAUCCAUCUAGUGCUGACUAUUGUAAUUCGAUCAAACAAUUACGGCAAGUAGUCAAUACUAUUGAAACAUUUCGCAAGGCAGAUUAA